ACUCUACAUUCGUAUCGACUUCGGCGGUAGGGGAUUCCCGCGCUUAACAAUUUCGUCUUCCGUAGAUCCCUGAGUUGUUGUGAUUCAUCGCCAUUUUUAGAAGGGAAUAGGAUAUGUAUUUCUGUUAGUAGCAUUCAAUCCUUCACACCCUUCACACUGAAAAGAAAAGUCGUUAUAUAUAUAUUUUUUUCUGACAUUCAGAAAAUAAUUUAAAUAUUAUUUUUUCAUCGUAUUUCUAUUUGAAUUCGAUUAAUUUAUAACAAAAUGAUAAACCGAAAAUUGACAAUUUUAAUCGUGUUGGCAUUGGCAAAUUUAACAACGGCAGGACCUUUAGCUGCUGGUAUUUGUUAUGGAGGAUGUGCACUAGUUGUAUGCGCCUGCUUUUCAGCAGCAGGAUUUACAUUUGGCACAGUACCUGGAGCUCAAAUAGCUGCUGUGCCAGCACUCGCAGCUUGUAAUUCAGCGUUUGGGUCCUGUAUGGCGCUGUGUUCGGCAGCUGUUGUAGCGCCAACUCCAUGAAAUGGAAAAAAAAGUUAAUAGAAGUCAUCAAACAAUUUCAAUGACUUUUUUUUAAAAUUAAUCAUACUUCAAUCACCAUUAACAAAUAAAUUGUGACUAAAGUUUGCUUAUAUUUCAAAGCAAUUUUAAAAAAAUAUAAUCCAUUUUAUUUUAAAACGUUUUGUAUUGUAUUAAAAAAAUUUAAAAACUCUUA